AUGGUAAGAUUAGAUGCCCUCACUUACCAGAUUCAUAUAAUGCAGGAUAUUGCAAACACCGAACUUGCCCCGACACACCCAAUUCGCCUUGGACUGGCUCUAAACUUCUCUGUCUUUUACUAUGAGAUUUUGAACUCUCGAGACCGGGCUUGUAACCUUGCCAAACAGGCCUUUGAUGAAGCAAUUGCUGAGUUGGAUACCUUGGGUGAGGAGUCCUACAAAGAUAGCACUUUGAUCAUGCAACUUCUUCGUGACAACCUCACCCUGUGGACCUCCGAUAUGAAGGAGGAUGGAGCUGAUGAAAUUAAGGAAGCACCUGCUCCAAAGCAAGGUGAGGAACAACAACAGCAGUGA